ACUAUUUAGAUCAGUAAUUUGUGUAAUUUAUUUAUUUCCUCCCUCUUCUGGGCUCUUUUUUUUAUCAUCUCACAUAGUAGCGACAGACUUCUGUAGCAGACUGUAUGGUUACUAGAAUCGAUUGUCUGUCAGAAUUACCUCUAUUAUUAAAAAGCUCGGAAAGGCUCCGGUUCACAUGACAGUAGGAGCCUCUCAUUGUGCAGCUCGGAGUGAAAGAGAGGCUUUGACUCUGUGUGAUGAGAUGAAGACCUCAGAUGAAAUGGACAGCAGCACCGAGGGCGCACGGAUUCCUCGCCUCGGCUCUGAGUAGACGACCUCCUACCGACUUACUUCACGUCACCCCGCCCGUCUGCUUGCCGUCUCCUCCCCUAAAACCCUUCCUGCGACCAACCCUUUGAGCGACUCUGGGCUUAAAAAAAUAGAGACUGAGAGAGAAAGUGAGAGAGAUAGCGAGAGCGAGCCAAAACACAUACUCCCAACAUCACUUAGACUAUCUUCUCCAGCACAACAAGGGGAGGAGGACGCACAAGUGGAGGCGCGUCCAUGCGUGCCAACCGGCAGACGAACAAGACAUUAAAGCGGGCAAAGGACCACAAAUAAAUUGGAAUAAGACUGAACUCUUUGGAAAAGCGCACAGCUUUGCAAAAAACCCCCCAAACAAACAACACCCCCAAAAAAGACAGUCUAGAUGAGUGAAUGGUAAGAAGAGUCAUGCAUCUCAACGGAGGAGCAGAUAACAGCAAAGGCUCAGUGUCUCUCAGUGUAUUCCUGGUGUCUGUUGCAUUCAUAGUAUGUGCCAUUUGGCUGGUAGCUCUGUGUGGCGUCUGCACCUGGUGCCAACGUAAACUGGGGAAGAGGAAUAAGCCCGGGAUGGAGGCUGCCAGCUCUCCAGAUUCAGUGAGAGGUCGAGGGGAAAAUAAAGCCAUCAACGAUCUAGACAGAGACUUUUGGAAUAACAAUGACAGCAGCAAUGUCCAACAGAGGUGGAGCUCCUACCCACCCAAGGAGUUCCUCUUAAACAUGUCUCCCUAUGCACCCUACGGAGACCCCCGCCUCACGCCCAAUGGGGCUGUGGAUAAGGGUGGGCAGGGUGGUGCUGGACCCUCACCGGGGGCCAGUGACAGCGGGGGUGGUGCUUGCUCUGGGACUGGGGCAGGGCCCAGUCGCAGCGACAGCGUGCGGAGCAUGGUGACGGGGGGCAGCAAGGCCGGGCGCUGGCAGACGGUCCAGAGCCACAUGCAUGCCGGAGGCCUGCGGUUUAGCAACUUUGGGGACGCUUCCCUUUCAUCAGCUUCCACCCUGGAGCACAUCCCGUCUUCAGCUGUGGCGCGCCCUCGGCCCCUGGUCCGGCAGCAGAGCCUCCAACAGCCCCUCACUCACCAGCCUCCUCCGGGUCCCAACGACCCCCCAGUCACCUCGCAGAGUCUGGGCCAGUUGCACACAGGCCCAGGCGGGGGGGGCCACCGUGGGGGCCCGCGGGGGGUCCGGGGGAGUCCGGCUGGAGCCUCCCGGUACAGAGGAACAGGGACAGGCCGAUCAAGGUCAAAUCCAGGCAGCUGGGACCACAUGGUGGAGCAAAUCCGAACCCGAGGUCUGGAUGUUAAGUCGUUCCUUGAGGGGAAGAUGGUUGUUCUGUCUCUAGCAAUCGGGCUGGCUGAACAGGAUGACUUUGCCAACCUCCCAGAUCUACAGGAAGCGCCAGCGAGCAAAGAAAAUGAAACCACACCAGAGAAAAGAACUCCAGGUAACAAACCAGGCAGCAGCCCCAGAGGUCAGACUCCAGACGAGACCGGACGCCGCCACGGGCAGGGCCACGAAGCCAACUCUUCUGUUUCUGACUUGGCCAACUCGGUCACCAGUGACAUGCUCAUGCUGUCACCAGGUUCAGAGGAAGAAGAACAUGAGGGUCCAGUGUGUGAAAAGCUGGGUCGUAUUCAGUUCAGUGUUGGAUACAGUUUUCAAGACUCCACCCUCACUGUGAAAAUUCUCAAAGGCCAAGAUUUGCCAGCUAAGGACUUUUCUGGCACCUCUGACCCAUUUGUCAAACUAUACCUGCUGCCAGACAAGAAGCACAAACUGGAGACAAAAGUGAAGAGGAAGAAUCUAAACCCCCACUGGAACGAGACCUUCCUUUUCGAAGGGUUCCCCUAUGAGAAGGUGGUUCAGAGGACCCUGUACCUCCAGGUUCUUGACUACGAUCGCUUCAGCAGGAACGACCCAAUAGGAGAGGUGUCCAUUCCACUCAACAAGCUGGACCUAGCCAACAUGCAGACUUUCUGGAAGGAGCUGAAACCAUGUAGCGAUGGCAGUGGAAGUCGAGGGGAUCUGUUGGUGUCUCUGUGUUACAACCCCACAGCCAACACCAUCACUGUGAGCAUCAUCAAAGCCCGCAACCUCAAAGCCAUGGACAUUGGAGGCACUUCUGACCCCUACGUAAAAGUGUGGUUGAUGCACAAGGACAAGCGUGUGGAGAAGAAGAAGACGGUGGUAAUGAAGCGCUGUCUGAACCCUGUUUUCAACGAGUCCUUCCCCUUUGACGUGCCUGCCCACGUGCUGAGGGAGACCACCAUAAUUAUCACCGUCAUGGACAAGGACAGACUCAGCCGCAAUGAUGUCAUUGGGAAGAUUUAUCUUUCAUGGAAGAGUGGCCCUGCAGAGGUAAAACACUGGAAAGACAUGAUGGGUCAUCCUCGCACUGCCGUGGCCCAGUGGCAUGCUCUUAAGGCCUGAAGGACCCAGCAGCCCACCUGCCUACAUUGUUUUCCCCUCAAGAAUCCCCCCACCCUGCCCUCGGCACAUAUCCCCUACUACCUAAAUGCACUGUUGGGCUUCAGACCAUCUAUCAUCUCUUUGUUCUCAGGCCUCUUUGAUAUUCCUCGCCUUCAGUUCUCAUGACACCUUCCUUAAAUUUCACCCCUGUCAAGAUCUGAUUCCCGCCUGACCCUGUCUCAUCCGUUUGUCUGAACUUAAAAAUGUCUUUGAUGUCAUAUGCUCUCCUUGUUCCAUCUUUCUUUUUUUUCUCUUUUUUUUUUCUUCCACCACGUUUUCCUGUUUUACAUCAGAGCAGUACCUCUUAACACCCGUAAUUACAAACUACCAACCAAAAAUGGAUCAAACAGGCAUUCCAACCAUCCGCUGUGGCAGUGUGUUUGUUUGAUUGUUUGCUUGAUUGUUUGAAUCCUUCUGUGUUUCUGUCUCUCUUCCGACAUUCCUUUAAAAUGCCUAAAAAAAAAUCAGGAAAAGCGGCACAGGCAACAGAAGAGCGAUGGGCUGUAUUUAAAAUGGACAGGAACUGGACUCUGUCACUCAUCAUGUUUUUCACUCUUCACUCCUCCUCCUCCUUCUACCACUGUAAUAAUUCUCCCUUGGCUGGAACCCUUUGUCGUCUGUGCGUGCUGUGGGUGAUGUGCUGUAACCCCAAAUGAAGAUCGUCAAGAAAAAAAUAAGAAAAAAAGGAUAUGAACAUGAACAUUUAGCACUGGUCUAAAAGGGGCAAGUGUCAAACUGCUUUCCUAUUUUCUUUAACUCCCGAUGGACAGAAAAAAAGAGUAAAGUGAUUAAUGUUGUGUUUUAUUUAUUUAUUUAAUGAGUUUUGUUUCGAAAGAACUUAGAGAAUCAACCUGUUCUUCCAGAAAAUAAGCAAAAAGCAGCUUCCAUGAGUGUGGAAGUGUGGGGAUAAUGCGUGUGUGUGUGUGUGUGUGUGUGUGUGUGUGUGUGUGUGUGUGUGUGUGUGUGUGUGUGUGUGUGUGUGUGUGUGUGAGGGAGGAAAUAUUUUAGAUUUGCACGGCUGAACAAAAAAUAUUGUCGAAAACCAAACUGCCCUUGAUAACAAUGAGAAAAAUUGAGAUUAGCUGAACAUGUGGGUGGAGGUCACUGAAGUUAGUGUCAGUCUGUCCAAAACACAUACACAACUUUCUAACACGCCCUUUAGUGGUCUCAAAAAAGACAGCUAGUUUCAGUUUCACAUGUAAAAGAUUUGAGCUCAGAAAACCAGACUAACUGCUGGAAAUAUAUAACAGAGGAUUUCAUUGUCAAACAAUUUACCACUUUGAUUUUUAACGUUGUUGUGUUUUGGUAAAUGGAUAUAGUCCAGAAACCACAAUGUAAAUGGUUUUCUUUGAGAGCAGAAAACAAUCUGUGCAAAUUGUUGACGACAUAUAGACAUGGUAAAGCAAAGGUACACCCUUUCUCAGUUCUAAAGUUUUACAUACCAGCACAUAAUAAAAAGUUAUUGACAUGUGGUAAAUACAACCUGAGAUGCACAACAACACAUUAGUUUAACUGAAACUAAGCCAAAAUGAAGAAAUAGUGUGUAGAAAGCUUAUCGAACCGCCUUUAGCAGCAAUAACUUGAGGUUAAGAGCUGGAAUUUGACUGGGCCUUUGCAACACCUUAAUUUUUAGCUUUUCUGCAAUGUUGUAGAUUUGCUGCUGUGCUUGGGAUAUUAUUGCAGCCAGGCUUUAGUUUUCAAACAAAUCGCCUCACAUUUGACUCUAGAAUAGUUUGAUAAAUAACUGCAAGGUGUCCAGGUCCUGUGGCUGCAAGCCCAAAUCAUCACCCCUCCACCACCGUGCUUGACAGUUGGUGUUUGUGCUGAUCUGCUGUGUUUGGGUUCCUCCAAAUGUGGCGCUAUGACCAAACAUCUAAGGUGCACAUAGUUUUUCACACACACUGUUUCGGCAUUUUGGCUUAAUGUUUCUUGAAUUAAAAAAUGACACUGUGUAGUAUGUUUUAUACUUCAUGUGAGGUUGUAUUUACCUCAUUGUAAGACCUGCUAGGACAGAUUAUGUUUUUUAUGUCCUGAUAUUUAAACCGUUUUUCUUUUUUUCUUUUUCUUUUUUUUACCACUACGUUUUCCGAGUUUAUAAGAAAAUAUUGAGUCCUACAACUAGAAUUUCACUUUUUUCCAUCACAUUUCACUGCUGUGGUACCACAGCAGCCAACCGUUAAUGCAUGGCUUGAUAACACUAGUGAUAGAUUGGAAAAACAUUUUUUGAGAUCUUAUGUCCUCUUUCUAGCUUUUUACUGCUGUUUUUUUUUUAACCAUCUCCAAGAUCUCAUGGUGAUAAAGUGCCCAAUCCUACACCAUGGCAUUGCACCAAUAUGCAAUACCAGCAAGUUUCUCUAAGUCCAGUACAUCAGUGGCAGUGACCAGAAACUACAAGAAAAAUAUUUCUUACAGUAGUAACUUAAAACUGGCUGUUUUGGUGCGAUGCCACUUUGUGCUCUCAAGAAAUCUCAGAUUGUAUGUGCAGACUCCGCCUGAGCAAACUGCUCUGGGCAGCCAUGAGUAAUAGUCAGUAGUAGUCAAAAGAAAGCAGACCUUGAGGGUUUUUUAAAAAUGUAUUUAUAUAGUUGAGAUUUGUGUUUUCAAGGUUGACCAUGAACCUUUAGACUCUUUUUUUGGGAUGAACUGACAAUUUAUGAAUACAUGCAGUAAAAUAUGAGAAGAAAUCACAUGAAAUCAAAAGUUUAUAAACUAUUACAAGAUUACAAAUUACAAAUAUGCCCAAAAUACAAAAUAAGACUGCAGCCACAAGUUGCAGACGUUGUCAAGAGAUUAAGAGCCCAGGAAUAUCAUGGACUACAACUAGGUCGUUAAUCUAGACUUAAAGACAGCAGCAUUUGUAACGGACACAGGGAGUGGAGCUGCAGUUGAGAAAGCCCUGUCACCUUUCUGUUUGAAACAAGAACUGGGAAUGUAAAGUCAGAGUUUGUCUUUAUUUAGUUAUUUUUUAAACAUCUUUGCUGCCUGAAUGCGACCUCCCUCAAGUCCUGUACAGACACGAGCUGUUGGGAUGAAUGGAAACAAAUGAGAGUAAUAACACCUGGGGUUGGGAAAAGUCUUUUUACAUUCCACUGUUUGUUUUUUGUCUACUGGAUGUAUGUGUGUGUGUUUGCACCGUGGUUGAAUGUCAGUAUUUGAACUUAUGUUUGUGUGAUUGUAUUUACUGUGAGUCCCUGUGUGUAUAUCUGCACUAAGUUCUAUUUUGCCAGUUUAAUACUGAACAGCAUUCUUUGCUGUUUUUAUUCUGUAUGAAUCCAGAUGUACAGAGAAGUAUGUUCUUUUCUUCUUUUUUUUAAGUUGUCACUUCUUGAAGAAUCACUGCACUUGUUGACGAUGAUGCUGGAACAAACCUCUCUUCACAGCAGGCUUAUUUUCCUCAUGUUUGGAGGACAUUUAGAUCUCUUAUACAUGAGCUGAGAGUGAAGGUCACAAGAAAAAAGCUUUACAACAACCAUAGAUAAAAGUUGCUCCAUUUGACCAUACACCAGAUUUUCAGUUUAAACAAAAGCAGCUGAAGACGUUUUUCCUCUAUGCCCUAUCUCGCCUCUCUAAGUGGACCAAUCUAAUUCACCAAGGCCAAAAAACGAAGGGUUGCUCCUUCACGUCACAGCUGAUGCUCCCUCAAAACACCCCCAUUGUGCACACAUGCUUUCUGGCACAAAGUAUUCUGUGUGUGCCUUAUGAACCCCGUCACGCCUUGCUCUUCACCAUAUGCGCUCCCUCUCCAAGUGUCAGGAAGGGAGGAGGGGGGAAAAAGGUGAGACAGGAGAUAAUCAUCACCUCUUUGCUUCACUGUUAGCUACAUCUCAGGUCAGAGCAGAGCCUUGGAGCAUCCCAAAAUAACCACCUCUCAUAUUCAUCUGUCUGUCCUGAUGUACUGCCCUGCUGACAAAGCAUUACAUUCCAAAGGCUUAGUGAAAGUCAAUCAAUGCAAUUUAAAUAUUGGUUAAAGAUCAGUCAGGGUUUGAUACAUUUUUUUUUAAGAAAUCGAGCUAAAAUUGUCUUUCUACACUCGUCACUGGCCAAAAACCAAACACUGGUAAAGUUUACUGGACAAGCUCGCAUUUCUGUUUUAGGGCAUUCUCUUUAGGGACUGCUUGAGACAAAGAGAGGUUAACCAGCAACAUUUUAAUUUAUAUACUGACUGUAUAAAAUGAUUGUGAAAAUGUUCUGUAUGGAGAAAAAAAGAGAAAAAGAACCAUCAUUACUAAUGGGGUUGUAGAUAUCUAUCCUUGAUAUCACAAACCCCCCUGUUUCACUCCCUUUCUCUUUGUAGUUACACAUCCGUGGGGUGCACAAUGUUAAAUAUUGACCAUUUAUUUUUUUGAAAUCUGUACAGUGUAUAUAAUGAUAUAAAUGUAUAUAUAAAACAAA